CUCUGGAGAAGAGUCACCGACCUGCGCGACCUCCAAUUCACAGCGAGUGACCCGUAUUGUCGCCAAACAUGACUCGCAGUGACUAAGCAGCCCGCUUAAUAUCGCAUUUUGAAUGUUGCCUUGUUUUCCUGCAAAACCACAAACGAUUAGUGCUGGAAAGUAGGACUGCCUUGAACGAGAAGAUAUCGAUGAAGCAUUUUUUGGGUUGAAAGAUAAAAUAAGAUACCACCACCACCUCUGCUGCAAGUGCAAGUAAAUUAGUGCGAUUUUUACAACGACGACUAUAAGUACACGCAGGUAGACCUCUACUUACAGUUACAACUCUACGUGUACUUUGUUUUUCCCGGCGGCGCCGUCUCUCUUCUGCCAUCAAGUUCUGUACUUGCUCGAAGUUCAACAUCUUCUUGUUCCCCAUUUCGUUUUCAUUCUUGUCAACUACUGGUUGCAUUCUCCGACUUCGAUAAGACAAAAAAGAUCAACAAGAUGGCUGAGGCACCUAAGCAAGAUGUGGGGAACAUUUCGCAACUCGUCCAGCCCAUCGUGGCACGAGGUCCUAAGGCCAUCGACGAAUUGCUCUCGCUGCCUGAGCAUGUGCGACACUCGCUGGACUCCGUCACGGUAAAAAUAUUCCUCGAUCUAAUAUCGAUUGUUCAGUAGCGGCUCAGUCAUCGUCAAACGUCGUGAGUUGUAUGAAUGUGUAGAAGUUGCGACAUUCAGUCUGUUACCUCUUCAAGUUGAGCAGCCUAGACUAAUACCAACUCGCAACAUCCUGUUUCUGAAUACCUUUAUACAACAGAUCUUGAUCCAUAAAUUGGGUCAAUAUCCUGCUGAAGAUCAGGAGAAGCUGAUGGUUGCUUUCCCAAGUUUGCGCCUCCAAGUGCUGCCCGAAGCCAUCAAUAUGAUCGUGAACUUGCUAAACACAUGGCUCACAGAAAACGAUCUUGGCGUGAUCACUGUAGAAAACCGGCUGAAGUUACGAUUGCAGGUCAACUUUGAUAGAAGAAAAUCAUCCUCAGUUUGAUGUUACUUCCACGACAUCCGUUUAUCAUACUACUUGACGAAUUCUUUGCUUCCAUUCCUGAGAAGGUGAGACCACAACUACUGAUUCAGCUCGACUUGUUAGUCUUCCCAUUACUCAUCCCUCAACUUCUUGUUCUUCGUUCUCUACAAACAAGAUAAGCAUAGCGAAAAGCAUUCCCCACAGCCACAAACCAUAUAAGUAGUAUUGCUCUAAGGUCGAAGCUGAGUGAGCUGCUCCGGAGUGUGCACAGCAGCCCUUUGCUUCCUUGGGUGAAGAUGGAAGCCAGCGUGGAGAAGAAGGUCCAAUUUCUUUUCGCUCUCGGCACCUGCAUUACGCUCGCAACUUCGGGUCCCGACUCAGGCGCAAGCUCUUCAAGUGGCAUUAAGGCUGUUCCCCUAAAACGAAUCUCCCAGUUCUGUCCUCCUAAUCUCUCAGUGAGUGCUACUCCUAUUUACAAGAUGAGAGGCAUCCAUCGAUCCUAGUUGUAGAGUGAGCGGGGACGUCGUUUCCUAGGUGAAAGAUGUAGAUGGUCUUCUAUCUACUAGGAGUCGGAUGUAGUAACAAGUAGGAUCUCUCUCCUCUCGAGACGGAAACAACUCCGGAGGGGAAUUUCUAGGGCGUUCUUGAUCUCGUCUAAAUCUAAUGGUAGCAAGGACACGGCUAGUGGCUUCUUCGCUUCGAACAUGGCGGAGAUGCGGCGCGAGAUGAAGCGAUCCGUCCACCUGCAAACGUGGUGCCAGCGCUUGAUGACGAGUUUUUUCGGUGUGCCUGGUAAGUCGAACGCAUUCGUGGUGGAUACGUGGAUCACGGCAAGGAGGAAUAGAAGCUACAAGCUGUGGAAACUGGCACUAGAAGAGAUUCAGCAAAUGCCCGGACCCAAGGAUAAGAUUAAGAAUCUAUGCCUAAAAGCGUUCGACCCAGACGAUCAAGAGGCGCAUCAAUUCAAGCCACCAGGAAAGCCAACCAUGAUCAAACUGGUACCAUUUAUUUGUAGUUCUUGUAGAAGAAGUAGAAGUAGAAGUAAUACAUAGUAUCCCUACCUGUACCUCCUGAAGGUGAAGGGUAGGAUUUUUUUCUAGAUUAACAUUGAGUCAGCGACUAGCUACUACUUCCAACACUACAGCCAACACUAAAAACCAAUCAAUACUAGGUCAAGGGUGAGAAAAACAUCAUCUUCAAACGCUUCCUGAGCGUUGUAAGCGAGGCGUGUGCGGACAAGCCAUGUAAAGGAUUUUUUAAGAACUACUUAGAAGAGCUGCCGCUUUAUUCGAUCGACCUCUCCAGUUUCGUCAAGCUGAUUAUGCAGGUACGACUCCUAUUCAGUGGCAGUAGGCAGCGUUAUGAGCUAUACUACCUAGAUAAUCAGACUUCGACUAAUAACUUCAUUAUUCCCGUAGUUUUAGGAUUUUUGGGUUUCUGCUUUUCAGCGUCUGUCCAUGUCCUGGGUCUAUUGCUGCAGUAUCUACUUACUCUACAUGAGCACUUAAUGAUUGAUUGCCACUUUUUAUUUAAUGUAGUGAUCCACGUUAGUAGUAUUAGCAAAAAUGGUUUGAAAUGUAAACGGAUUCAAUUUUGCAGGUCGUCGAUAGAAAACAGGAGCUUUUCAAGCUAGAAAAAAUGGACGAUGGGCAUUAUCUGAUUCUUACAAGGUCGGGACAAGAACAACUCCGCACUCAGGUCUUGGGCGUUAAGGAUCAGAAUAAGGUACUUAUGCGCACCAGCCUUUUUGCCCUCGUAUAUGGAUGAUUAUUUUGUAAUCUCUUCGUUCGUUGUCCGUGAUGAUCAUGCUGGAAAGGUUUUCCUGCUCAUCCUCCCUUACUGCUUGUAUUCAGGAGACAGAAAAGAAUCGAGAAUCAAUAAGACAUAGACCAUGACAAUUUCUCCAAGAACUACCUUGAAACUACAUGAUCAGGAGUUAACGAUACCCAAGUGGAUAAUUGAUUACAUUGAGAAGCUCGGAGUAGCUCCGCAAGUCUUUUAUUCCAAAGACAAGGGAAAGCAGCGCUUAAUUGUGGAGUCAAUAUGCAAGCAAAAAGGCAAACGCAUUGAAGACCUGCAGACAGCACCCGAAGGAAAAGGACCGGUACUAUUUCCGCUUAGAUAAGCUGUAGUUUAUUUCAUCAUCAGAAUCUGGGAAGAUGCCCGAUGGAGGGUUUAUCCAACCUAGUGAGUUCGGUCUACUAGAAGUUUUAGCUGCUGCUGCUCAUGAAGUAUCCUCACCUGUUAUAAGGCCAACGAAUAUCGCCCUUACUCUUCUUCAUCUGCCGUAAAUUUCACACCAGCUGGAGGCGAAUGCCCAGUUUGCUCAGCAAGUGCGAAAGCUCGUUAUCGAGAUGAAGGGGAAAGGAAAUCAAGCAGGAGUGCAGGAUUUGAAAGGACGCCUGGCUCAGAAAGGUCUAAAUCUCUUCGAGAUCCUUCAAGCGAGCAACCAGACACCCGCUGCGUCCUCCUCUGCGGCCUCAUCUUCGACCAAAGGAAACGAGAAUCCAGAGGAACAAAGAAAAAUUAACGUACUUUUUACGGAGUGGUUACCCCCUACGAAGAGAACUGGGGCUGGGCACAGUUUCUUUGUUCUCUUAGUUACUUGUUUUUAUCUUCUUUCUUGUUCUCCAUUUUCAUAUCCGGGGCCCUUAUCUUGCGCAGCGGAAAAGAUGAAACAAUCCACGCUUUCGCAUAGACGAGGACUUCAAGAUAUGAUCAACUUCUACAUUGACAGGUUGUGCUCGCUCUGAAGAACAAGGGUAAGAGCAAGGAAGAGAUUACAGAAAUUUUGCCGAAGAUAUUGGCAAACGAGACAGCAAUUAAUGCUCUUCUGAAGAACGAGAGGAUGCCAGAUGGUAGCGAUCCCGCAGACCCUGAUGGCACUGCGGCAGCAGCUGCGGCUGCCGCACCGGCGAAGCCUAUAUUGGGCGGAACAAAGUUCCAGAUGAGUCUGGGAGGUGGCGGCACUACCAAUUCUGCGGCGGGAGCUGGACCGACCGGCUCCCCCACGACCUCUAACGCGUUAAACGGGCAGCAGCAGAAUCCGUUGCAGCCGCAACUGCAAGCAGGCGGCGCGGUGUCGUCAACAGGACCGACUGGCGGAGCAGGCAUGAUGCAGACGCCUGGUGGGCAACCCUCAAUGGGCCCCGGAGGCGCAAUGACGGUGCAACCGGGGGCGUUGAUGGCGCCUCAGGGGACCGAGCAAGUAGCGGCCACGGUGAAUCCGUACGCUGCCUACGGUUCUAUGGCCGCCGGGGGCUCGUCCAGUAGUACGGGGCCGAACAAUGGGAUGAACAUGGCUGGAGGCCCAGGGGCCGCACCAAACUCAAUAAUGGGAGGUGUGGCUGGCGGUGUGCCACCCUUAGCAAUGAAUGGCGGUGCUGCUCCAGGCGCAGGUACUGCAAUAGGAGGAGCUCCAGGAGGUGGCAUGAUGAAUCCCAGUGGCAUGUCGAUCAACUUGCAACCUGGAGGAGGCGGACGAGCACCCCUAGACUCACCAAGGGGGACCUCCGCGGUAUCGUCCUCCAGUAGUAACGACAAUCUGAGAACGGGCGCAGGCGCGAGCAUGGAUGGCGGAGGCGUGCCAGCGAAAAAAGAAAUGAAGCUAGAGAACAUCUUCGACCUAGCGGGUAAAGGCGGAGACGACGACAACCCAACGACAGGCGUAGCAAAGAAGAAGCUUACCUUGAACAAAGUCGGAGGCGCGAUGUGGCCAUUCGCGCCCAUCGGCGGAGAUUCAGCAGCAUCUUCCUCUAAAGUCACGAACCAAGUGGUCUUUAAGAAGAAAAGAAAAAUCCAAUGGGGCAAUCAGGCCUUUCUUCGAGCCAUCGUUGGAGCAGGGAUUUCGGUAGAUUUUGAAAUUAGACUUUUGAAAAUUUGUGGAGAAAGUUGUCAGUGGGUUGCACAGGAAGGCGUCCUCCGUACAACAAGCAUGUGCUAAGUGCUGUGUUUAUUCAACUGGUACGAUUGCAAUUACAUUACCGACGCACCAGUAGAAGUUUCUUUCUCGUCUUGAUUUUGCUCAUCAUCGUCUGAUAUGAUUACAACCCUUUGAUAGGCCGGUGACGUCGCUUGGUCGCGGGAGUGGCACGGUGCCUUGUCAGCGGCGCAAGAUCCUAUGGCGCCUAUGCCGACCUCCGUGAUGGACGCGCCUGCUGGUUUUGUCCAGUCUUUUGUCGAGCGACACUUGUUCGAGGCCUAUCGUGCGGAGUGGGGCAAGGAGCUGCUAUAUUUUAAGGCUUGCCCAAUUAAUUUUGAUUGUUGAACAAUUAGAAUUUCAUCAAAAUUUGAUUUUGAAUUUUUGAGGUGAGAAGCAUCUUUGGCUGAACCCCUGUUUUCUAGAAGGAAACACGUGGUCCUCCGCAGAGAUGACACCAGACCAUUUUUGACUAAUGAGGAGAAUUUUGGCAACAAGCUCUAAUUAUUUAGGUCCCAAUGAGCCUGACGACGCACCACCACCCAUGCGCUUGUUGCAGAACUACGUGGAUCGACAACAGUUCCGCGAAGAGAGUGACUCUGAACAGGAAGAGCGGAAACCUAGUGCCAGGAGUGCCAAUAGCAGUCGCAGUGAACCUGCAGCACCAGGCUAUUCACAAGCGGGAGGAGCGACCAGCAGCACCACGGCGAAGCCAGUCGACGGCGGCGACUCCCUCACAAGUGCGGGAAUGAUCGCGGGAGGUCCAAACGCCGACGAUGCGUCCGCAGCAGGUGUGGCAUACCAGCAAACAGGAAGCGGGCAUAGGUACUUUCAAAGCAAAAUUUUUUCUUUCUCUCUCAUUUUUACAACUUCUUCUAGAUUAUUCAAGAAAAACAAAGAGUUGUAAUCUCUGACUUUCUUCAUUAACAAGGAAUGAAUUUUGAUUUCAAGAAGUAGAAGAUGAAGAAACAUACAUCUUCUAUUUCGAAGGCGCGGAGUGGGAAUCGCGACCAACCGUCUUGGAAACGUCGGAAUGAUGGUGACAAUAGGAAGACCAGAGCCACCAGGGAAUACCGAUCAAACAGUUGCCAAUAUGCAAGUUGUAUAUAUGGAGGGUGCGAACAUGACUGGGUACUAAUGCUUAAUUUCGUGUCUACUUCAGGCUACUUGUGUUGGGUUUCUUUCUGAAGUAUUGUAUUUCGGAUCAAAGAAAUAAUAGAAUAAUUCAUAGAAGGGAUGUAGGAUGGACUUGGAUGGAUCGGAUGGACCCCCUAAGUCUUCCGAUCCUACUGGAAAUGAUGGGAAGCCCAGCCGAUCCAUCCGAUCCAUCCCAUCCUGGAUCUGGCACCCCUAUGAAUUAUUCUAGAAUAAUAAUAUUUAUAUUGCCUAGUAUGCCUUCGUGGUCGAACAAUGAAUUCAAAUUCAUUUUCAAUGAAUGAUAUAAUUGAUACAAAUACAAGCUUUACCGACGGAGUUCCACCUGUCCCCGGUUCUGCUGAAGAAACGAGCCUUAUGGAGAGGCGGAAGAAAAUUCUCGCAAAGUUGAGACAUCGACGAGACAAGCGGCAGCGCGAAUAUGAGAGCAAUUCUGACGACAACAAGGAAAAAGCCUCUGAAAAGAGGGAUAAGAAGAAAAAUCGGAAGCGGAUUCACCUCAAUAUGCUAGGAUUCAGCGACCAAGACGACCACAACUCAACAACAGAUGAGGUAUGAAUGAUCAAUUAUUCAGGUUUCUUGUGUUCCUCAAGUUAGUACUUUUAGUGGCUUUCCUGGCUUGGUACAAUUCCUGAUUGUACUACAGAAAUGAAGAAGAAUCAGAUUGCUGAAACGAGAUUUCUAUUCCUUGAUUCAAUCAAUAUCAAACGAUGGAUUUCUCAGGAUACCUUGAUGGGCGACGGACCGACUUAUCACUGGAAGACAAGGAUAUGCUACUCUUACGAGCAUGGACGAUGCGAAAAGGGUAAAGCGUGUCAUUUUGCGCAUUCGGAGAAGGAGUUAAAGCAACCAGGACAGGCAAGGCUUGAGUGGGAAGAAAAGCUUAAGAAACGCGGAGUCACGCCGCCAAGCUUGAUGCCACAAGGAGGUACGAAUUUUAUGUUUUUCACAAGCUACUGCACUUUACGUGGUACCUGGUACUUGUGCGUAGAUGAACUACCUAGUUGGAAGUGUAACGUGGUCCUCUGCCACGUCCUCUUCAAUUUCGAUGAAAGAAAGAAAUUUAUAUUAACUUUGAACUUCAUCGUUCUUCAGCUCUCUCCGGCGCAGCGACGAGUGACGGUCUAGUGACAAUAGAGCAAGCGAUGAUGGGCUACGUAGACCCUUGGACUGGGAUGACCGCCUACGGAAAAAAGGGCUUCAAAGGCGGGAAGAAGGGCAUGCCUUUCCCAGCAUCCUGGAGCGGUGGAAAGAAGGGCGCACCUCCAUCAGCCAUGAUGUUUGGAGCAGGAGGUGGGAUGCACGCGUCUUCGUCUGCAGGCAGCAGCGACGCCUUUUCCGCCUUUACUGCGCCACCAGAGCAAGUUCCGGGAGGCGCCUUUAUCGGUCCUGGACCAGGGAUGCUGCCGGGAACAGGCACCGCGCUGAUGGGUGCUCCGCCAGGAACGGAUGGCGCUGCCGGCAGCAGCAGGAACGACCCCUUUUCUGAAGCGAAAAUCAAGGAGAAGAAGGAGAAAAAAGAAAAGAAAAAGGAGAAGAAAGAGAAGAAAAAGAAAAAAGACAUCGACGACGAAGAUUUAUGA